AUGGAAGAGCCAACCAAGGAACAAAGGCAGGGAGUAAAAACUUUCACACCUCCAUUGCCAUAUCCCCAAAGAUUUAACAAGGAGACUAAGGACCCACACUUCCCUAAAUUCCUUGAAGUCUUCAAGAAAUUGGAGAUUAACAUCCCUCUGGAUGAGGCAUUAGAGCAGAUGCCUCUAUAUGUGAAGUUUUUGAAAGAGCUUAUCAAUAAAAAGAGAAGUUGGCAAGAGAAGGAAACUGUAUUGCUAACUGAAGAAUGCAGUACAUUAAUCCAGAAAGGGCUUCCUCCAAAACUGGAGGACCCUGGAAGCUUUUUCCUACCUUGUAUCAUUGGCAACAUAAGCAUCAAUAAAGCAAUGUGUGACUUAGGAGAUAGCAUCAAUCUAAUGCCUUCUUUUCUGAUGAAAAGGCUAUGCAUAGAGGAGGUAAAGUCCAUACAGAUGUCACUAGAGCUAGUGGAUAAAUCUGUGGUGUUUCCCAAAGGUAUGGUUGAAAACCUUUUGGUUAAAGUGGAUAAGUUCAUAUUCCCUGCAGACUUUGUGAUUUUGGACCUAGAUGAGGAAGGAAGUGAUUCCAUCAUACUAGGAAGACCAUUCUUGGCUACAGCAAGGGCUAUCAUGGAUGUGGAACAAGGGGAACUGACCCUGAGACUGCACGAUGAAAGCAUUACUUUAAAUGUCUUUCCAGAAACACAACACUAUGAUGAAAAGAAAGAAUGCAUGAAGAGCAACAGAGAAGACUUGCAGUGGAAGGAAGAAACCAACAAGGCACUCAUUGAUUCCCUUCCAAAGUAA